AAGAAGUUUUUCCGGCUUCCUUUAAAUAAAUUUUUAUCUCUUGAAACCAUAAUCGACCUUGGUGAGCUUUUUUUUCUGUUUAUUUUGACGAAUAUUUGAUUUAGAGCAUGAUAAGGGAAGUUCAUUUAGGUCACCCUUUGUUAGUCAUUCACAAUUUUUUCUCAAUUUAUUACAGAGAAAAGUCCUCUUUAAUUUUUAUUUAUAUCCAGGCACUAAUAAAUCUAAAUGUAUUCGUUGGAAACUCUCCAAAGAGCUUUUCAAGAUGAUUAAAAGCCUUAUGUCACGUAAGUGACAUAACUGACAUAACAAGCACUUGCGAUCCUCAAAUCUUCCUCAUCUUCUCCUUGUGGGGAAAAAAGCGUGAUUACCAUUUUUAUCAUUUCCACUUUGCCCUCUAGCGCUAGGACUUCACUAUGCAUUCAGCAAUUUGUGUUCAUUAGCACUCAAAAUGCGGUUAACACGGUUUCGAUUAAAUUUUUUUAACGCUGUGUCAAGAGGUUUGGGAGUGAUAACAGAAUGAAAUUGCAGAUCUGCUGCAUUCUCGCCUCGAUUAUCCUGGUGAAAGGACAAAUGGUUCAACUCAGUGUGGAAGCCCAAGCUUCAUAUGUAAAUUUCACCUGCCCGUCAAAGCGGGCAAUACGACCUUGUCAGUGCACGGUUGUUCCUGAUAUUCCUACUGUACAAUGCGGUGGUGUUCGAAGUUUGAAAACCAUUCGUGCUGCUCUAAAGGGAUGGUUAAGAAAUGAUCCUAUCCCGUACUUACAAAUUGUGGAUGCACGGUUUGUUGGGCUACCAUCAAGAGCUUUUGUUUCCGUGAACGUUUCACGUCUUGAGAUAAGAGACUCGAAUUUGAGGUGGGUAGCUAGCGAUGCAUUCAACGGCUUACAUUCACUCAUGAUAUUGAUCUUACAUAACGUAAAACUUAUGACUUUUCCUUCGGAAUCCCUGAGUCACCUAUCAUCGCUUGUUAGCUUACAAUUGCCAAGAAAUAGACUCUCGAGUAUAUCAUAUCAUCAUCUGAGAAGUGCCAAUAAAUUGAAAUUACUUUCUCUGGCUGAAAAUAGAUUGACGUUUGUGGAGAGAGACUCUUUUCCCACCACUCUUGUUUCCCUGACGCUUUCAAAGAAUUAUUUGAGGUCUUUGAACAAGUCUGUUAGAAAUUUGCCAAGACUUGAGUCACUGUCUAUAGAUGACAAUCGAUUAAUUGAUGUAGAAGGGGAGCUUGAUGGUCUUUACAGUUUGAAAUACUUGAAUCUAGCUAGAAAUAUGAUACGCAAUUUAGGAGUUUCUUUACGACAGUUGAGAAAUUUAGAAUUUCUUGAUUUGCAGUAUAAUUCACUUCAUGAAAUAGGAACCUCUUUAAAACAUUUAUCGAAUCUUAAAAGUCUGAACCUCUCAAAAAAUCGAUUGGUUCAUUUGAAUGCGAUUGAUUUUAAUAAACUUUCAAAACUCAAACAUUUAGAUUUAGCUGGAAAUAGUAUUGUAUUUAUCAGUGAAGCUUUUCACCCACUAUUGAGCUUAGAAACACUAGAUUUAUCACAGAAUCUUAUGCGAAAUUUCACUUUUGAUGACGUCAGACUUUUAUCUAAGCUAAAAGUGCUGGACCUAAAUGACAACAGACUGGAAUACUUAAUUUCUGGUUAUAGCUCAAAUAUUUUACAAACAGAAAGGCUGUUUUUUGCCAGAAAUAAAAUAAUUAGUUUGGGUGAGUUUUUAAGACAUUUUGUGUGCCUAGAAAGUAUUGAUUUAAGCUUUAACCAACUACGGAUACUAAAAACUCUGGAUUACACAGUUUCAAAUAACAUGGAGUACAUUUCUGUAUCAGGCAAUCCUUUGAUUUGUGAUGAAGAACAAAUGUCUGUGUAUCAUGAAUUACGAAAUAGGAAUAUAGAAGUUGAUGGUCAACCACAAUGUAACAUUGACGUCAUGCACUUGUAGAAAAUCAUUCUUUAAAUUUGAUACAAGUACAAAUGAAACUAGUCACCUGCAAGAUCUGAAACGGGUAUCUAUCAGUUAGUACUUGCACCGAACAGUAUUGCUUAUCACUUGGAAAUAAAAUGUAAGAUGAAGUCAUCUUAUCAUCGUUCAAUGAAUUUAUUGUUCAUUAAUAGUUUCAAUAUAUGUUUAUACGUUCUCGUUUUAAAUUACAGGUAUGCUGAGAUUGAGUGGGAGAUUUACGGAGUAUUAGAGUUAUCACGAGUGCUAUGUAAAAUUAUUGUAACUUGAUAAGAAAAAAAAAUUCAUUGAUAUUAUUUAUUUAUUUAUUUAAUUUUGUUUUUAAAAUUAAGAGGACUAUAAAUGAGGGUUGUCGUAUUUUAACCUAGCAACAAAAAGGAAAGAAAACACCUGUUAAAAAAAGCUACUUAAAAGAAAUAACCGUCUAAACUGAAAAAAAAAAAGAAAAGUAGGUGGCCUUCAUUAGAUAUUUUUUUAAUAAAGAGGCAAGAAUGUCAUUUAUUAAUUACAAUAAUAUGACUAGAAUUAAUUUGACACUUACGGAACAGUAUUGCAACGUCAAACAAGCUUGGAAAUUUUUAAGAGCUUGUAUACUUUUAAUGUUAAUCUUGACUUUUUGCAGUGAAUACAAUAAUCUUUGAUAAUUGCUUUCUUUUUGGGAUUCCUAAAAAUCUAGGCUAUUAGAUUUUUAUUUAAAAUGAUGUUUGCAGAAAACCUUACAUUACAAUAAAUGUUUAUAUGUGAAUAGACUGAAUUAAAAAAAGUUUUUAUCGGAAUGUCAAUAUUAUUAUUCUGUUUAAUUGUCCUAUUAUUACUUUUAUAAUAAUGGCAUCAGUUGCAAUACUCAGAAUAACCAUAGUUACGAGUAGAAUAAAGUGUUCCUUAAUUUUUUUUUAAUAGAUGGGAGCAAUUAGUUACGUUACUAAAUAAAAUUUGACAGAUCACCUACUUCAUUUUGAUUUCCCAGCAAUAGAUCAAAGUAAACAGAUCAAAGGUUCCCAGAAGUAUCAAUUUCAAGUUAGAUAAAAACUUCAGAAUAUUAUGCACCUAAAUUGCACUUCCAAUGGUAAUAUUUUAAAACUUGUUAUUUAAACCUGCAACUUACUUAAAAUGAAGUUAGAACCAAACAGCUUUAAUGUUAAUAUUUUUUUUCUUCAAAGAAACUAAUUUUAGCAAAGAUAACUUUAAAUCACGCGUCCCUUUCACAUUUUAACGCAAGAAUUUUUCUUCUUCUUUCCUUUAACAUGUACUAAUACAUUUUUAAAGGUACAACAUAUUCUAAAAGGAUGAGGUUUGAAAAUAUUUAUUCGUAAUAAUCAUAGCAAUAAGUCGUUCAUUUUCUUAAAAAUUUAUAAUGAAAAUUUAUAGUUUUAUUUGUUUAUUUAAUUUCUCAUCAUCGAUAAUAUUAAUGUUUCAUUACAGUAUUACUUUUCACAAAUUACAUGUUUCUGUGCAAAUAUAGGUGUGCAUUUGAAGUUUUGUUUAUGUGUUUCCUUUUAUGUUUUCACGAUCAAUUAUAUGAAUUUAUAUGAAUUAAAUAUCACCUUGAAUAAUUUUUGAUCUAAUGCUCAAAUUUCAUUAUUUAUGAAUCUAAUAAUGUGAUAUUCGUGAAAUGUUAAUUUCAUCAUUAAAAUAAUCUAUAAAUUUUAAAAAAUUGUUGUUUAGGGGGAUCAUUGAAAUUUUUUUUU